CGGUAUUUACCGGGUAACACUCGUAUUUUAAAUUAAACAUACUAAUAUACCGCUCCCUUAAAUAACCCAUCAAAACUUUUUUUUUUACUUUAACCUUUCUCUAUCCUUACCCUUUUCACCCACCUUUCUCUUUCACCCAAAUUCAACCACCAAAACCAGUUAACCAACCACCACCACCACCGGUUACCCCCAAAUUCCACCAUUUUUUUUUUUUUUAAUCUUGGCGUCAACGCUACAAGGGAGGCGCAGAUGUCUAGAAAUCGCAAAGACAAGGCAGUCGGCACCGGCGAGCAGAUUGAGGGUUCGGGAACACGACACGCUUUAUCACGGCGCUUAAACGCGUCGGUUAGGAGGGAGAGAGACCGUUAUCGUCUUCAGCCUUGCACCGAGACGACACCAGUCCCCCAUGGUUGCAUGGCGAGUUCGACCUCCGAGGCACAGGAUCAUCAUUCGAGGUCUCAGGAGGUUAGGUCGGGUUUCGAGUCUGAGCAUGAGGAGACCGAGUCACCGGGCCCCGAGUACUCGUACAGAGGAGGUCAGGGUUUAUCAGGCGAUGACGAUGAUGACGAGGAGGAGUCUGAUGAAAUUGUUCAUACGUAUAGGGGUGCCGGUGGGAGAUUUGUUGGUACUCAAGAGACUGGUCGUAGUCGGACUCCGGUACAGGACAGCUGGUUAGUGACUACGCCGAUGGCCGGCGGUCCAGAAGAUGUAAGCGUCAUUCCUAGCUAUGGUGGUCAUGUCGCAGCUGCGAUUUGGGGUGGUGUGGAGCGAGGUGUUUUGAGAUGUAUGAGUAGGAGAAAGAUGUGCACUGCAUUGGAUCAGUUGCGACAGUCGUUAUUACCAGAGACAUUAGCCCCGAUAGAUCAGAGCGGGCUAUCACAUCUUCCUGGCAUUAUGUAUCAGCACCUUGACUGGCCUUUGAUUUCAGCGUUCGUGGAGAGAUGGCAGCCAAGAUACUAACAGUUUUCAUUUGUCGUUCGGUGAGAUGACGAUCAUGUUACAUGACAGUGUAUCAUAUCCUUGGGAUCUCUGUAGAUGGUACUAUGGUUUCAACUGUUAUGGACCCCCUACAGUUACGACAGUAUUGCUCGUUCAUGAUGGAUUUGCCUGUUAAGGAGUUACGUAAACCCACUUACACGCCUAGUGGCGCGCUUUCUUCGAGGGUCCUCCAGACGACCUUCAAUGUUGAGAGGCCCCCUAAGAUUUCCGUGGUGGCAUUUAUGUGGAUUUUACUGGGUUCAUCACUCUUUGUGGACAAGAGUGGUAACAGACUUCAUCCUUCCCUCAUCCAUGAGCUUCAGCCUACAUUUGUCACUAGUUCCUACUCAUGGGGCUCUGCCACUUUAGCUUUUUUGUAUCGUCAGUUGGGGCAAGCCUCGCGGGCAGAUUGUGAUUCCAUCUCUGGUUGUCUCACGCUUCUUCAAGCGUGGAUUUAUGAGUAUGUUGUUAUGGCAUGUUGUUGCUGUUGCUGGGGCUGUGAUAAUAUGUGUAGCUGUAGCUUGGUGUGCAGGCUGGUUUACUCUGGUUCAGGCUGCUGUUUGGUGCUGGGUCAGGCUGGGUUGCUGUCUGUCUUGCUGAGGGUUGCUGGUUGGUGUUACUGAAAGGCAUCACCAAUUCUCAUAAUGUUGAAUUUCUUGCUAAGUUACUGAAAGGCGUUCUAGAGUUUCUGCCAUCGGUGAUUACUGCUGCACUGAAAGAAACAACUCAUAAUUCUGAGGAAGCACUAUCCAGUGCCUCUUUAGAACCAGGCAGCCAUGGCAACAUGUUGCACAUUUCACUUAUUGGUGAUGUUUUGUUUCUGCGUCGUUCUGAUGCUUGCUUUUGCUGUUGGCUGCUGCUGCUGUGGCUUGCUUGUUCUUUUGCUCCCUGAUCUGCUGCUGGUCUUUGUUGCUGGUGCAUGCUGUUUUUGGCUAGUGAUAAUUGUAGUUGUUACCUUUGUUUUUUGGAUUGUUGCUACAUAUUUACUUUGCUCCUUCCUUUUGGUAGCUUGCUUUUGUCCUGUUCCUUUCGUUCUGGGUAAUUAUUGCAAUUGUUACUUGUGUUUUUUA